CGACGAUGAGCGACUGCGACGACCUCCUGCGCAUGUUCCAGAGCAUCACGACGACGGACCACGACGCGCUCAUCGCGCAGUUCGGGAAGCUGCUCGCGCUGGAGCCCAAGACGAGCGCCUUCUUCCUCGAGUCCUCCAACUGGAACGUGGAGACGGCGGUCAACAUGUACCUGGCGACGACGCCGGCGCCGAUCGAGGACGAGCUGCCGGUGCUGCCCGACGCCAAGUUCUUGAGCGACCUCAGCGCCGCCCAGAACGCUGUCUUCCUGCCGCACCAGCAGAUCACGUUGCACCUCAUCUUCCAGAACCCGGGCCCGGUCGAAUGGCCGGCCAACACGCGCCUGGCCUUUUAUCAAGGCGUCCCCUUUGGCGCCGGCAACGACGUGUACAUUGGCGCGAUUGCGGUCGGCGAGCAAACGCAGGUCAACAUGACGACGACUCUGCCAGGCGAGAGCGGUACGCACUAUGGCACGUGGCGGCUCAUGAGUGACGGCCUCGCGUUCGGCGAUCCUGUCUGGGUCCUCUUGUCCGUCGCGGGCGAGGAUCGAAAGGACCAUCGCAUGGACAACGGCGACCACGCAAUGGAGGUCGACGACGAGAUGGACGUCGGUCAGCAUGCGUACCACGACCAUGCGCAGCCCGACAUGGAGCUAUAGCGUCGUCCUCGUACACCCUUUUUAUGCGAACGCACCAUUUUUACAUUUACUUUUCUC